AUGGCUUCCCAACCUUCUAAUAGUGGCGCACUUCUAGAUGGGCUCCGAUACUAUCUUCUUCGCAGUGAUGCUAUGGGGGGUAGUGUAAUGGUCCCACUGGUACCGGUAGAUCAACUACCGUUUCAACUCCAAGGAAUUCCGCGCCGGCUGACCCAUCGCCAAAUCUCAGACGAAGGCUGGAAACUCUGUUCAGAGACUAACGAGGUGUCAUCAGCGCUCGCGAUGCAAGCGCCAAUAACGAACAGCUUCCUAACCCAACCCAGUCCGACUACGAGCCCCCAAUACUUGGCACCAGAUCAUCAUGUACGUGCUGGACCGCAGAUGACAUCUGUAGACUACUAUCAGCCUACUCGAUUAUUCCGUCAAUCUCCAACCGUCGCAAAUUCAGCUCAGUCUCUAGCUCUUGUGAAGUCGCCAGAUCAACGUCGUCCGACGCCUAGCAUUACCCUUGAAAGUCCUUUAUCGCUAACCGACACCUUCGCAUCCAUCUAUCCUAAAGAUGCAAAACGCCUUGGUUACCGCCUCCCCCAUCCAUCCGGCAUCGAGCCUGAUCCAUCCAAGAAAGAGUACUGCACGCACUGGAUCCAAACUGGCGAAUGUAGCUUUGCGGCUAUGGGCUGCAAAUUCAAACACGAGAUGCCUGGUAUCGAGAAGCUGCGUGAACUAGGCUUCGUUCGAGGCAUACCGAGAUGGUGGAAGGAGAAAACUGCUAUCGUUUCUAGACCGCCCACAUGGAUGCAGCGACGGCUGGCUGGGAAUGAAGAUGCGGAGUAUGCAGGGGAAGUACCAGAACCAAGGGAAUUCCCUGACCCAUCUACCCUCAAACUGAGGGCCACUGAGGGACGCGAUUUAUUUAGUGAGGAAGUACAGCAGCCGCGUAGUAUUCUCAAGAGAGAUCUCUCUACUAAGCAAACCACAGCAGGUUGCCUAACUCCGCCAGCAGCGAUAGUCAAGCAACCGACUCGGUGUGCGAGCCACAUGCCAGAUCUGCUCAUCGACCUCGAUGAUGCUCCCACUCCAUCACCUAGCCCCCAGUCAUCCUGUACAUCAGCGGCCAGCUUAGGACUAAGCAAGGCCCAAAUACCUUCCAGUAACCCCUCUGCCUCGCCACUAUCGUUGCCUAUUCUUGAUCGCAACCCCUCGGUACUGACCGCUUACAAAGCUCCCUCCAAGGCCCCCUCAAUCGACACACCAGAUAGAGAAUCAAGCACCCGGCGCCACUCCGAACACUCGUGGACUUCCAACACCGAAGACGACGCCCCCAUCUCCACAUCCACCAUUCCGAAUGUCAAGGUCAAGCUCCCUCGCCCAACCCAAGAACGACGUGAACCGCAUUCCCGCAACACAAAUGACAACAAAAAGCGCCUUACUACCACACAUACUACACCCACUCAUACUGCCCUAACCAAACCUCAGUCCGGUCUCGCAUCCUCCAAGCAUGCCACUAUCACCUUUCUCUCUGACUCUUCAAGAAACAGCUCCACGAAAAUCAACGCAGCAAAAAACUCGUCAAGCCGCAAUAAGAAUGCCAAUCGCAAGGGAUAUAGUAGAGGAGGAGUAGUCGACGGACCAUGA